AUGUUAAACCUAGAAGUCGACAGCUCCAAAGCCAUCCACUUCAAAAUAGACGAAGAAGACGCAACCCUUAGUCAUGGUAAUAAAGCCACAAAGAUUUCAAAAAAGAUUAUGGACGGAAAGAUGACUAUAAACCUAGAGGUGGCUAGCUCCAAAAGCAUCGACCUUGGGAUCGUUCAAGUCAUGCAGAUUUUUGUAAAGAAGUUGAAAAGAAAGAGCAUUGCCAUGAAAGAUGUGGCUAGCUUUGACACCAUCAAAAACGUCAAGGCGAAGAUCUAUGGGGGCCAAUAG